AAAGUCGACAACCCCAUAACCCUAUUCAAGGGAAAAAGAACAUGGCUUCACUCUCUCACUUGAAGUUGAACCCCAGCCCCUUCCACCACCUGACCUCCACCUAAAGACGCUGCACACCGUCGUCCUUGUCCGUUGCUGUCGCACCGCGGUUCUGUCUUUUCUACCGUCGCCUCCCCUGCUUUAGAUUUCAUUCAUUUCAAAGAAAUUCAGAGUAGAAGGUUGCUUUUUUCAAGUAUUAAGUUGAUUGGCAAGUUUUCUGAAUGGUGUGUAUGGUUCCAAGAUUUCGACGUGUAGUGGUUUUUGUGGGUAGAUAAUCAACCACAAUUAUCCUGCAUUUAAGAGCCUGGUGAAAACUUUCUGCAGAGGGGAGGAUGAAAUUCCAAAUAGAAGACGUUACAGUUUACUUCCCCUAUGACCACAUAUAUCCAGAGCAGCAUUCGUACAUGGUUGAACUCAAACGAGCCCUUGAUGCAAAGGGCCACUGCCUGCUGGAGAUGCCCACUGGCACCGGGAAGACAAUUGCACUUUUAUCCCUCAUCACCAGUUACGCUCUUUCAAAACCUUCCAAUCCUAUCAAACUCAUCUAUUGCACUCGUACAGUUCAUGAGAUGGAGAAAACCCUAGCCGAGCUAAAAGUCCUUCAUGACUAUCAAGUUCGCCACCUUGGCCCCUCAGCUCGGCUCCUUGCUGUUGGACUUUCUUCCCGUAAGAAUCUUUGCAUCAACCCAGCUGUUGUCUCUGCUGAAAAUAGAGACUCUGUUGAUGCUGGGUGUCGGAAACUCACAGCAAGCUGGGUAAGAGCUCUGGCAAUGGAAAAUCCUAAUGUCCCUACUUGCUCCUUUUUUGAGAACUACGAGAAGUCUGGUUCAGAGGCAAUUCUGCCCCCAGGAGUUUAUACUUUGCAGGAUCUUAGAGCAUUUGGCAAGCAGAAAGGAUGGUGCCCAUAUUUCUUGGCACGGCAUAUGGUGCAAUUUGCGAAUGUUGUGGUUUACAGUUACCAAUAUCUACUUGACCCAAAAGUUGCAGGAAUUAUCUCAAAAGAGAUGCAGCGAGAGUCUGUGGUUGUUUUUGACGAGGCUCAUAACAUUGAUAAUGUGUGCAUUGAGGCUCUUAGUGUUAGUGUGAGAAGGCAAACACUUGAAGGUGCCACCAGAAAUAUUUCUAGGAUGUCUCAAGAGAUCGAUAGGUUCAAGGCCACCGAUGCAGGAAAAUUGCGUGCAGAGUACAGUCGCCUCGUUGAAGGAUUGGCUCAAAGGGGAAAUUUAUCGAGUGGCGAUACUUGGCUUUCCAACCCGGCUCUGCCUGAUGAUAUCUUAAAAGAGGCCGUACCAGGGAAUAUUCGCCGAGCAGAGCAUUUUUUAUCUGUUUUGCGUAGAUUGGUGCAAUAUAUCAAAGGCCGGCUACAAACUGAGAAUUUUGAAAAGGAGUCACCUGUUUCUUUUGUAGCAUCCCUACAUGCGCAAGCUGGACUUGACCAAAAAACCUUGAAAUUCUGUUAUGACCGCCUGCACUCCCUUAUGUUGACCCUUGAAAUAACUGAUACAGAUGAGUUCUUAAGUAUUCAGACAAUCUGUGACUUUGCGACACUGGUGGGCACAUAUGCCAGGGGUUUCUCAAUUAUUAUUGAGCCUUUUGAUGAAAGAAUGCCUCAUAUCCCUGACCCCAUUCUGCAGCUGAGCUGUCAUGAUGCUUCACUUGCUAUAAAGCCUGUAUUUGAACGUUUCCAGACAGUUGUAAUUACCUCUGGAACUCUGAGCCCUAUCGAUCUGUACCCACGUCUUCUUAAUUUCAAUCCUGUAGUCAGUCGAAGUUUUACUAUGUCCUUGACGAGGGAGUGCAUAUGUCCAAUGGUCCUAACUCGUGGAAGUGAUCAACUUCCAGUUAGCACGAAGUAUGAUAUGAGAAGUGAUCCUGGUGUUGCAAGAAACUAUGGGAGACUAUUACUAGAAAUGGUUUCUGUUGUUCCUGAUGGAGUAGUGUGUUUCUUCGUCAGUUAUUCAUAUAUGGAUGCCAUUGUUAAUACUUGGAAUGAAACGGGAAUUCUAAAGGAAAUAAUGCAGCAUAAGCUUGUUUUCAUCGAAACUCAAGAUGUUGUAGAAACUACACUGGCUCUGGACAACUAUCGCAAGGCUUGUGAUUGUGGGAGAGGUGCUGUCUUUUUCUCUGUUGCCAGGGGAAAGGUAGCCGAAGGUAUAGAUUUUGAUCGACAUUAUGGAAGACUAGUGAUCAUGUUUGGUGUUCCAUUCCAGUACACUUUGAGCAAAAUAUUGCUUGCCCGUUUGGAAUAUUUGCGAGACACUUUUCAGAUAAAAGAAGGCGAUUUUCUGACUUUUGAUGCACUGAGACAAGCGGCUCAAUGUGUAGGAAGAGUUAUUCGGUCAAAGGCUGAUUAUGGAAUGAUGAUAUUCGCGGACAAAAGAUACAGCCGGCAUGAUAAGCGCUCCAAGCUGCCCGGAUGGAUAUUGUCUCACCUACGUGAUGCCUACCUGAAUUUGAGCACCGAUAUGGCUUUACACAUAGCACGUGAGUUCCUUCGAAAGAUGGCUCAACCAUAUGAUCAGACCGGUGCCAGUGGUAAGAGAACCCUAUUGUCUCAAGAAGACAUUGAGAAGAUGAGCAAUGGCAGUGCAGAUGAGACCAUGUUUUGACUUUUGAGCAAUUUUCCCGUGCAUGCAAAUGGUCAUUCUGCCACUGGCCAUGCUUUAUGAAGGACUUGAAAUUUUGUCCUCUGAGCGGCACCUGGAGCAAGAGAAGCUACCUAAAUCCCACUUCUUGCAGAUGAUUUUAAGUUGGGGCUAAAAAAAAAGUAUAUGUCCCAAGUUAUUCAUUCAAUCAACGGGAUAUAGUUGUAGGCUUGGUGGUUAGUAUUAACUCAAGAUUGUGUACCGCUGUUGUGUUUUCUCUGGUUACUGGGAUAGGUUGCUCAUGUACAAAAUGAAAUUGAGAGUAAAAGUUGUGGUUGAUGGUUUAGAGUUUCUCUUUGCCGCGGAAUUCGCCAACCUCCGUUAGAGUAGAAUGAAAUAUUCUUUUAUAAAACUAGAGAGAUGAAUGGUCAAGGAAGUCUAUUAGGUAAACAUUGAAAUUUAUACAGAAAUUAUUGUAAAAUUCACAAUGCUGAUCAGGAGACUCAAACAGGAAAACCCUGAUGUAAAAUGGAAUUUUAUUCUAAAAUUCAGACAAUUGGGUUUAGUGAUAAAAUGAUUAAGUGGAUUUCAAUGUACUUUA